CUUCUUUUGUAGUUUGGACGUUUAUUUUUGGAUACAUUCCUUAAGUUAGGAAUGCCAGUACUGGAUUUAAUGUUCAGGACACACAAGGAUGAUAUUAAUGGAAUGUUGAAAAACUUGCAACAGAGCACAAGAUCUCUUCAACACAUUUGUGGACACAGCAAGGUAACAAAAGAUCUCUCCCUCACUAAUCAUGUCCCAGCAGUCAAGAAGUGUCUGGAGACAUUUGUCUUUAGAGUUAAGGCAAUGCUUACACUAAACAAAUGCCAUGAGGCUUUCUGGGUCGGGACGCUCAAGAACAGAGACAUACAUGGGCAAGAGAUCAUGUCGCAGCAGUCUGUGGGAGAAGAACCCACAGAAGAGGAGGAGGGGGAGGAAGAAGGUGAAGAAAUGGAAGAGGAUGAUGAUGAUGAUGAUGAUGCUGACAAAGACAAUGGAGAUGAAGGUGCAAGUAAUGAUGGAGAAUCAAGACAUGAUGGUGCAGAGUCAUACAGUGAAAGUUUCUAACCAUGAUCAGCAUUAUAAUGAAUUCGGUUUUGAGAUGGUUGAUAACACAGUCAACUGCCAUCAUCAAUGUGUUUAACGAACUGUACAUUCAUGUCUAAGUUACCAAUGACAAUUUGAACUGGCAUAAUCAAAAACUGAAAAUCAGUUCAAAUUUUAUUUCUCAUUUUAGAAUUCAAAGGCAAGUAUUGGUGUUGCUUUUAUGAUUGCCAAACACCAUAAAUAAAUAAUUUUGCUCUGAUGAAGGGCUAACAUGGUGGCCAGUUUACAUUAUCAACUCAGUUGAUAAAACCUAAUUAGUUUGAAAUACCCACAGCUUCUUUAGAAACUCACCCUCUUUAUUCAAACACUAAAUAGAUAACUUAUUUUGGGGCAAUAUGUAUUUGGUUGUUGCUGCAAUGACUGCCAUCAAGGCAUAACACUUGUUCAUCAUCUUAAUGGUAAACCCUGAUAAUCGGUUAAUCACUUGUUAUGAAAUAGGUGGAACCCUUCUUACAGAGAUCACUCUUGCCCAUCUUUCUACAGCCUCUGACUGAUCAAAAUACAAUGGCUGAUAUCUCUUGGUGCUAUUGAAUAGCUAACAGUACAGCAGAAAAUGUUAUUUAUGAGCCUUUUCUUCAUGUGACUGUGUAUAUCACUAAUAUUAUGUGCAUAUUAUCUUGAAUACAUCCUAUUCCACUC